AUGCAGCAGCGUCUCGAUAAGACCAUCGCCGAGAUUUUCACGAAGAUCAACGCUUCUAUGCAGGAGCUCCUUGAUGAGACCGUCACUGAGACUCUCACGCAGAUCAAUGCUUCUAUGCAGAAUGGGACGGAGCUAUACGAACAGGCAGCCCUCAGCGCUUUUCAAAAGCCCGACAUUUUCAAGACAGGCAUCGAGAAAGUCGUCGCCGAAUUGCAGCCACGUAUCAAUCGUCAAGCCGUCAUGAAGAAACAGGCAGCCAUCCGCGCCUUCGAGGAGUCUGGCAUUUUCAAGACUAUCGUCGAGAAAGCUGUCGCCAAAUUGCAACCACACAUCGGUCAUCCAGUUGACAAUGGCAACAAUGCAUUGGAUGAGGACAUUCAGUAA